AGCGUUUUCUAAUACAGAUUAGUGACGAAUGAACUGACCUAAGAUUGAGCAUUUUCUCACGCUCGGCUGUGUGCGCCUAAACAUUCUCGCGAGAAUAUGUAAACAGGCCAUAGUGUCGACGGGAGUUCGUGUGGGACGGACGGGGAGAGUUGAGUUUGUAUUGCCGAAGAACAGGAACGGUAGCCAAGGAAUAGGAGAGGGGGAAAGAACAGACACGUUGGUGUAGGUGAGAGCAAUAGAAUAUUUCCAACAUGGCAUCGGGAGACACAUUGUAUAUCGAGACCGACGGUUCCGAGAUGCCUGCAGAAAUAGUUGAAUUGCACGAAAUUGAAGUGGAAACGAUAGAGACUACUGUGGUCGGAGAAGACGACGAAGACCAGCCUAUGAUUGCUUUGCAGCCACUAGACUCUGAUGAUCCGAAUCAUGUCCAUCACCAUCAAGAGGUGAUAUUAGUUCAGACCCGGGAGGAGGUAGUUGGUGGGGACGACUCAGAUCUACGGGCGGACGAUGAUUACGAGGACCAAAUUCUUAUACCAGUUCCAGUCCCUGCUGCUGAAGAGGAAUAUAUCGAGCAGACCCUGGUGACUGUUGCAGGGAAAAGCUCUGUGGGCCGGAUGAAGAAGGGGGGAGGCGGCAAGAAAGCUGGUAAAAAGAGUUACUUGACUGCAGCUGAAGCAAGCAGUAGAAAAUGGGAACAGAAACAGGUUCAAAUAAAGACUCUGGAAGGAGAAUUUUCCGUUACGAUGUGGGCGUCAGAUGACAAGAAGGACAUUGACAAUGAGACUGUGAUUGAGGAGCAGAUCAUUGGGGAGAACUCCCCACCAGACUACUCGGAGUACAUGACGGGGAAGAAGCUCCCUCCUGGGGGAAUCCCUGGGAUCGACCUGUCGGAUCCCAAACAGCUGGCAGAGUUCGCUAGGAUGAAGCCACGGAAAAUUAAGGAAGACGACGCGCCCAGGACAAUAGCGUGUCCACACAAAGGCUGUACCAAAAUGUUCAGGGAUAACUCGGCCAUGCGAAAGCACUUACACACCCACGGGCCCCGGGUGCAUGUGUGUGCGGAGUGUGGCAAGGCCUUUGUGGAGAGCUCCAAACUGAAGCGGCACCAGCUCGUUCAUACUGGGGAGAAGCCUUUCCAGUGCACGUUCGAAGGCUGUGGAAAACGGUUCUCUCUUGACUUUAACCUCCGCACACACGUGCGUAUCCACACUGGAGACCGGCCCUACGUUUGCCCCUUCGACGGCUGCAACAAGAAGUUUGCCCAGUCCACUAACCUGAAGUCACACAUCUUAACACACGCAAAAGCCAAAAACAACCAGUGAGCCCAGUGUGUGUCUUAGAAAACGGACCCUUUGUAUAUGGUUUCUAAAAAAAAAAAAAACCUACGUGAGAACACCAUGACAGACUUUUUGAUAAGCACGGAGGUGAGAAUACUAAUCACUGCAGAUGACUUACCCAGCCCCUCACCUCCUCCAGAGAAAAGUGAAGAAAGAGGAAAGUGUCACUUUUUUCCCCCCUUUUUAACGAACUACCUGGUUUUGAAAGUUUCUUCUUGUGAAGAUGUGAAACUCCGGGACCUGCGUCUACAGUCGCGCUCUUGCCACUGCAGCACCCAAAGAGAAGUCCACGCUCGUGUGCAGUUUAUUCUUUUGUGCAAACUAUCUGAGGAAAAAAAUGAAUUGCUUUUUUAAAAAUCAAAACUAUUUGUUUUAAAGUGUGCAUAUUGUACACUUAUUUUUGACCUUAUAUGUAGUCAUGUUAUGUGCGUGCGUGUGUGUGUGUGUGUGUGUGCGUGAUCCCCAGAGAUUUAGGAUUUUUAGAAGAAUUUGCAGUUCUUGCGGUUCUGUUUUUUCCUGUGAAAAGGAAAUUAUUAUUGUUAUUAUUAUUGUUAAUGUUGUUAUCAUAUAUAUAUAUAAUUUGUGGGGGGUGUCCUUUCAGGUUUCCUUUUGUAUAAUUGCAGCGCACAGUUGAUUUCUGAAUCAUGUAGAUAAUAGAAAUGUGAAAUAGUGUUAAACCUAUUAAAACCAUUUUAUCUGUUUUAAGUUAUCCUGAUGGACACAACUUCUUUGCAUCUGCUGUUAACAUCACUGAAAAUCCUCAUAUUUUUUUUUCUUUACUAGGAACCCACCUGACAACAAUCUGGGGUGUCUGUUUUUGCAUAGUCAGAAUGUAUUGUACAACUUGAUUAACCCUUGUUGAUAUAAACAUCCCCCUGUACAAUGGUGACCAGUAAUAAUAAAACAAUGGUCCCUAA